AUAUUUUUGAAACAAAGUUUUCUUUUUUUGAAAAAAAAUAUAUUUUAAAAUUAUAAAAAGAAAACUAAUUUUUUUUUCUUUCCGGUUCAAAUCCAUCAUAUGUCCUGCCAAGAUUCAGGAGGAGAAAAUAUUACCUGUUCCGCCAUUUCUUGCCUCAAAAUGGCCACCGUCUUCCGCGAUGAUUGUUCCAUUUACGAAUGCAAUAAUACCGCGAUAAAUAACAACGAGUCCUCGUUGAAAAAAUUGUACGAUUUUAGUUCUCAGCACAUCUAUCAAACUUGUCCAGAGGACAAAAAGGGCAUUUUAUCAAUGGAAGGGCAUUAUGUUUCAGUAGAGGCCGAUGAAGGCCAAUCCGAGUACAUGAUGGAUAUCAAUGUCCAAAAAACCUUCCUGGAUAUUUUAGACUCCGUGGGCGUUCAAGUUGAUAGAAACAUCGGCAAAAUCAGCAAAAUACGUAACCAGGACGAUAAGGAGUUUAAAGCUAUUCAUAAAUCCAAAAAAUCUGUUAAAUCGUUAGUUAAAAAUCUGGAUUAUGACGCGUCUGAAGCAGUUCCAUACCUCGAAGAUGAUGACGAAAAAAGGGGCAUUCUCGAUUCCGAUAUCUCGCUAGCAUAUUUUAAGGGUCAACACGAACGCGAAAACGACAUUCACGGCUACGAUAAAACAAAUUAUACGCUUCCGGAAAUCGCUCGCGAUAAAUUAUUGACAUUCGAAAAUGACAAUAAAUACAAUUCGAUGACUCGAAUGUACGACAUGAAGGAGGUCUUCGCGGAUGACAAUCCCGAUUAUCCAAUUCCGAAUAACUUAUUUUACGACGACGAACUUUGUUACAAGAGACUCAUAGCCAACGGACAAGAACGCCGACGCAUGCAUAAACUCAACAUAGCCCUAGAAGAUUUGCGGAAAGUGCUGCCUCAAAAUUACCACGGUUACCCUCGCAGGCUAUCCAAAAUAAAGACCCUAAGGACCGCCAUAUCGUACAUAGCCAGUCUCAGAUCUAUACUGAUGACAACAAGCGUAGAUAACCACUAUGGCGAUAAUGCCCAUUCUUACGACGGAAAAUGCAGGUCUGCCUACAGUUUUAAACACCAGGGAUCCCAUAGGGAUUCGUGCCUAGAUCCUUGUAAAGCUAAUACCAAUACCAAAUUUUCAAACAAGGAAGCUAAAACUCGACGCAAACGGACUCAUAAAAAUCAGAAAUCUCGAUCGUCUACAACUCAUAAAUCAUCGGCUUCUAAUAUCAUUACCAAAGACAAAUAAAGACAAUCAAAUCGUUGUUUUUUUUUGUUGCAUAUUUACA